UGGAUGGAUGAUGGAUGAUGAUGGAUGGUCAGAACAGGGCGAGUCUGUUUUCCUUCUUCCAUUCAUAAAGUUUACGUCAUAAAUCCUGUCGGUUCAGUCCAGGUAGAACCAGGUAGAACCAGGCAGAACCAGGUAGAACCUUUUACAGCUGACGGAGGCAUAUGAAACUCCAUCAGGUGUUUCUGGACCUCCUCAGGUUGGUCCGGUUAAACCUUUAGAACCAGAACCAGAGAAUCAUCUUCAGGCUGCAGGGAUGAUGCAGCUCAUCAUCACCUUCAUCAUGAGGCGGUUCUGCUCAGCCUGAAUCAAAGCUGAUGAUGAUGAUGAUGAUGAUGAUGAUGAUGGAGGGGGAGGGGCCUGAGGAAGAGGAGGACCUGAUGCUCUCAGCGUCUCGUUCCAGGCGGAGGUGAAGAGGAGCAGAGAGACGACGCAGAGCAGGAGAUACGGAUCGGACCGCUAACAACAGGUGCUGUAGAGACAGACAGAUAGAUAGACAGAUAGAUAGAUAGAUAGAUAGAUAGAUAGAUAGAUAGAUAGAUAGAUAGAUAGAUAGAUAGACAGAUAGACAGGAGGACUGGACGGCUGAUAUGAUGCCAGAGGAGUCAGAGCUGCUCCACCGUUAACCCACUGGGUCAUGAUGGGCCUGGACCGGGUCUCCAGCACCACUCCACACAUCAGCCGCCUCAACACCUCCACCCCCUCCUCCGUCCCUCCGUCCUCCUGCAGCAUCGACGAAUCCUACAAGUACGUCUUCCUGCCCGUCUGCUACUCCCUCACCUUCCUCUUCAGCCUGGUGCUGAACUCGGUGGUUCUGGUGCGGUCGUGCCGGCCCCACGGCGGCGCCGGUGGCGGCGGGCGGCGCUGGAACACCUCUCUGAUCUACAUGGUGAACCUGGCCACCACGGACCUGAUGUACGGCCUGUCGCUGCCCUUCCUGGUGGCCAGCUACGUGAUGAGGGACCACUGGGUGUUCGGGGACUUCAUGUGCCGCCUGGUGCGCUUCCUCUUCUACUUCAACCUCUACUGCUCCAUCUUCUUCCUCACCUGCAUCUCCGUGCACAGGUACCUGGGGAUCUGCCAUCCAAUGAGGACCAUCACUCUGGAGAGCAAGCGGGUGGUGAAGGUGACCUGUGCCUCAGUGUGGGUGGUGGUCUUCGUUCUCACCUGUCCAAUCUUCAGGUUUGCCCAGACAGGAGAAGUUACGCGCAGAGGUGCUGGAGCAGUUGGACCUGAGGGCGCGUGGUUGGGAGACAACCGGACUGAGGAGAAGUACCUGAACUGCUGGGACGACGCCAUCGAUAAGGACUUUGCUGAAUAUGUUCCGUACGGCAUCGUCCUCCACCUGCUGGGCUUCUUUGUGCCCUUCGUCAUCAUCGGGUGGUGCUAUUCUCAGGUGGUCCGGACUAUAUUCCAGAGCCUGCGGUCUCCGCCCAGCUCCAUAGAGGGUGGUGAGGACGGAGCGGUUGGGGACGGAGCGGUCGAUGGAGGGCGAGAUCGGGAGAGAACGUCGGUCUCCAUCUCCGGCUCCCAGUACUCCCACUACAUCAGGAGGCGGCGCAAAUCCAUCAAAACUAUCGUGACCAUCACGCUGCUGUUCGCGCUCUGCUUCCUGCCCUUCCACGUGACGCGGACGUUGUUCCUGCUGCUGCGGCGGGGCCAGCUCGGCGGCUGCAACGCCAUGAAGGCCGUCUCCAUCUGCUACAAGGUCACCCGGCCGCUGGCUUCCUGCAACGCCUGGCUCAACGCCCUGCUCUACUUCCUGACGGGGGACAAAGGCGCCCCCUGCUGCUGGCCCGUGGAACGAACCGUCCGCCGGGACAGAAGGAACGGCGCCCUCUGGUGGCCGCUAACCAUCCUGAAGAAGGACGGAGCAGGAGAGGAGGAGCAGGAGGCGGCUGAGAAGGUUGAGCGGGAGCUGCAGGUGGAGGAUGAGUCCAAGUCUUCACGGAUCAUCUUCUAGGACGGUUGUGUUUGGGUCUUAUUCCAAAACACAUUUAUACAAGUUCAUAUCCAAACACCUGAACCAAACGGCUGAAUUACCUCCUCAACCUGUAGGAAGGUUCUGCUAACGACGCAGUUAUUGGAUCCAGGUGUGUUGAACCAGAGACACACCUGGAGGCGGUGCCUGCAGAGAUGUUUGAUCAGUUUCUCCCAUCGAUGUUAAGGUGAACACGUUAACGCUCUACAGAAAGUUUAACCUGCUCCAGCUCCUGGGUGAAACUCCAGGCCUGACCUGAACCCGGUUCUGGUGUCGUAGAACCAGACUCUGCAGAACUUAGUGGGAGGAGCAGCGACUGAACAAAGUUCUGUGUUUGAACGUUCUCAGGUCACUUUCUCCUGUUGGACCUCGUUAGUUUUCUUUGUUCUGAUGUUUCUGGGUGAGAAUUAAAGUCCGUUUGGAUCCUUCAUAAACGCCUGUUUUCUGUCACCGACGGUUAAUCGGGUCGUCUCUGCUGGUUUGGACCGGACCUGCAGCCACAGAAACCCACUGGACCUCGUUUAGCAAUUUCUAUAUUUAAUCUCAUUUGAUACAAAAGAAAACUGACUGAAAAUGAAACAAUUCUGCUAAAUAUCUCAAAGUAAAUAAUCCUCAGUGAAAAUCAUCAAGCUGCAUUAAAUUAUACUAAUGUAAAUAAAUGAAUCGUCUCAUAAUCGAAUCAUUCUCAACCGGAUCACAUGAAAAGAACCACAAAGUUUUCUUUAAAUUUCAACAGAUCCAGAAUCAAAGGUUAACCACAGCAUUGUAUUAAUCUUAAAAUCUGCUGAACCACUAAAACCAAGAGGAACCCAGACGCUCUGCUGCAGAUUAAAGUUCAUUAAUAAUCUGGUAACAGGUUGAAACGCCCAUCAGGCUG